AUUUGAUAUAUCUGUACAUAGCUUUACAUUUUUUUCAAAAUGAGCAUAACAUGGGAUGUUAGUAUGUGUGGGUAAAAGUGAGAAUUGAAGACAGGGUCAACUAUUAUUUGUAGGCACGUCACUAAAUUUGAUAAAUUUUGAUGAAUUUCUCCGUGUUUCUAUAUAUGACCCCAGUGUGCAAAGUCAGUGUGGGAGGGAAGCUGUAGAAAGCCCCUUUGUGGGACAUGUUGAAGUGAAAGUAACCUAUUAGUCAGAUAUGGUGACCCAUACCCAAAUGGUUUAUAUGGUUUACAGAUCUUUACACAACUGUGUACUUUGAUCCAACAUAUAUUGAUAUGUUAUGACAAAAAUCAUUUGUUAAUGUCUUUUUGAAAAGUAAUAAAUGUCCAAAAAGAACACCGUUUUAGGAAUGCCUUUUUGCUAUUAAUUAGCAAGAAUGUUUAUCAAAAGUAGUUUUUGGAUGGAUGUAGAUAUAUUGUAUGUCUUGUUCACUUUUGGUCCUCUUUUUUUGUGACUGCCCUUUGUUAGUUAUUCUGCUGCUGGCUUCUUUUGACUUUGUGUACACAUAAGUGGAUAGCAGGGAGGAGUUAUUAUUGAGAGUACAGGGUGGGUUUGAGUCAAAUGAAAGCAUAUUCUAAUCUAAUGCUUAAAGAUCGUGCUUCUUGGUAGAGAAUUGCACCAUGUUUCUUCACACCUUUCUCCUCUUCAGUGUAUCUACUGCUGGUAAGAUAUAAUUCAAUCUUUUUUUUUUAAAUAAGGCUGUCUUGGCUUCAUAGGACAUGCUUGCUUUUAGCUCAUAGAAAAAAAAUUGUAAACGCUCUCUCAUUUGUGAAUCGCUAAAUGGAUAAAUGUAAAGUAAAUAUUUUAAUUGACAGCUUAGCUGAAAUUUGCUAAAAAAUUAUAAUGAAACAAUUAAAACUAACAAAAACUUUAAACCAUGUUUGAAUGCAAGUAUGAUAAUGCUGUGAUUUAUGUUUUUGUCACAGUUGGGAUGGAGAGUGGAAUUAUAGGAGGAAUUGAGGCUAAACCGCAUUCUAGACCAUACUUAGCAUCUCUCCAGCAUAAUGGACAUCACACAUGUGGUGGGAUGCUGAUAAAAAAUGAUUAUGUUCUAACUUCAGCCCACUGUUUAAAUCGCAAUGAUUUCUCUGGCCGGAGUCACUUUGAGGUUGUUCUGGGAGCCCACAACAUAAGUCAGAAGGAGGAAAGCCAGCAGAGGAUCCAGGUGAAACAAUACAUGCGUCAUCCUUUGUUUGAAGUGAACAACGAGAAAGACUACAGCUAUGACAUCAUGUUACUAAAGCUCAAGACUAAAGCCAAAUUGAAUAAAUUUGUGAAAAUUAUGGGUCUUCCUAAGAAAAAUGGAAAAACACCAGCCCUUGUUAAAUGCUCCAUUGCUGGCUGGGGCAUAAUAAAUAAACACGAAGAAAAGCCAUCGAGUGUGUUACGUGAAAUCAUUCUUAAACUGCAGUUCAGUAUUGAAUGUAGUCACAAAUGGAAGCACUGGUUCAACUCUGAGAGAAAUAUCUGUUCUGUUUCAAAUGGAAAAGAUGGUUUUUGUAAGGGCGAUUCUGGAAGUCCUCUUCUCUGCAACAGUAAACCAGUUGGAAUUGCUACAUACACUUUGAACUGUACAGAAAAUAUAGAAGAAAGGAAAAAGUAUCCUGCAGUCUAUGUAAAAAUAUCCUCCUUCCUCCCCUGGAUUAAAAAAAAGAUUAAAGGUUGAAAGUUAAAAUUGGAUUGAAUUGUUUUUAUAUUAGCAGUCUGCAUUUAUACUGUGCUUCUUUUUCUUCUCUGGAAGUGUCAAAUCCUCAUUUGUGCUUUGCCAUGUACUGAAAUUAUAAAUAAACUUUGCAGAUCUGUUUUGUUUGGGCUCAACAAAUGUGAGUGUUAAAACAUUCAUUGAUUUAAUAUUUCAGACUGCAGCUGAAGAUCAAAGCCAAACUCAGUAAAUCCGUGUCUUAAAAACGCGUCAACAUUAAAUGAUAAGUAUAUAUAUUGUGUAGCCGGAAGUAAAUAUCUAUAUGCAGCUAUGUUAACCGACAACAGUACAGCGGUGUUAGAUAUUAGGUUGAAUAGUACACAAAAUAUAAUUUUAUUUAAACAACGUCUUUAUUUAUUAGCUCUGUGUACAGACUUAAUAACAUGCUAGUAUAGUAAGGAGGUGUCUUUGAUUUCUUUAUUACAAAUAUCAAAAAAAA